ACGCCCUCGGCCAUGCCCAUUGGCUGAGCUCUGCUGGCCCCUCGUUUGCAUUGGCCUAGGCGCCCGCAGGCAGGUUCGGCGGCGCCCCAAGGGGAGUCAGCUGACCUUCCCCUCGCCCAGUCCACUCCCCCUAGUAGCUGCCUUUGGCUGCUGUAGCUGCAGCUCCUCUGCUGGGUCCAGCAAUGGUGGGCAAUUGCAGCUGGCUGGCGCUGUUUUGUGGCUGGGCUGCGGCGGCUGCUCUUGCAGCUUUGUGGCUGGGCUGCGCAGCCGUACAAGGAGAGGCUCCAGCGAGCAAGGUCCCCACGGGAGCCCCAAAAGCCGAGGCCAGGGCAUCCCAGGAACCCGGGCUGCCUGUCCCCAAGGUGAUGGGCUUCCGCCUGGAGGAGGGGGCCUCAGCCACUGGGGGCCUUAUCCGGGCCACCCCAGGAGCCACUUUCCGCCUGCGCCUCUACGGCACUGGCCUCAGCAACCACAGCUGGCCCUGGGUGGCCUUUGUGCCAGUGGAGACCUCCUGCAUGGUGCCUAGAGGUGGCCCUCACUCCACGCCCUCCCCUGCUGGGGCUCCCAAAGUCCUUCCUCACGAUGUCCUGGCUGUUGGGGAGCAUGCUGCGCUGGUGACCGUGAAAGUGGCCCCUGGGGGCACCCAAGGCCAGUACCGGCUCUGCAGCCCAGCAGGGCCUGGACACCAGUGGGCUCCAGCUGCCCCUGGGGAUGCUAUCUUGGUGACAGAGGAUGAAGGUGGGGGUGGGAGAGUGGCAGCCGUGGCCUUGCCACCUCCUUUGGCCCCCUGGCUUCUGGGCACCCUUGUGGCCUUGCUGCUGGCCCUCUUGGCUUUGCUUCGUACCUUGCAGCUCAGCACGUUGUGGCUGGAUCCAGUGGAACUGUACGUGUUGCGGGACUGUGGCUCAGAGUCGGAGCGAGAGGCUUCCAAAGCGCUGGAACCAGUUAGGCAACGUGGGACGUUUGUUCUGUGCUCGCUCCUGCUGUUGAGCUCCUUGGCCAAUGCUGCCUUGGCCGUGCUGUUCUAUAGAGCUGUGGAGAUGUUGGCGCCUGCUAUCCUGGGAGUAGCAGGUUUGGUCUUCCUGCUGGCGGAGGUCCUGCCCUUUGCCAUCAGUUCACGGUGGGGGCUCUUGCUGGCCCCGCGUGGGCUCUGGCUCACCCAGCUCUUCAUGCUGCUCACUUUCCCCAUUUCACUACCGCUCAGCAAGGUGCUGGAACUGGCCUUGCAGCAUGACACCAGCACGUGCCUCCUGCGGGAGAAGAUCCUGGAUAUGGUGCGCAACAGUGACCCCUACAACGAGUUUGUGCGGGAGGAGUUCAGCAAGAGUGCCCUGCGCAACAAAACCGUGGAGGAUGUCCUGACGCCGCUGGGUGAGUGUUUCAUGCUCAACGCCAGUGCUGUGCUGGACUUCAACAACAUGUCCAUGAUCAUGCAAAGUGGCUACACCCGCAUCCCUGUCUAUGAAGACGAGCGCACCAACCUGGUGGACAUGCUUUAUGUCAAGGACCUAGCCCUGGUGGAUCCCGACGACUGUACCCCUCUCAGCACCAUCAUCAAAUUCUACAAUCACCCGCUCCAUUUUGUCUUCAAUGACACCAAGUUGGAUGCUGUGCUGGAGGAGUUCAAGAGAGGUAAAUCACACAUGGCCAUUGUUCAGAAGGUAAACAACGAAGGUGAAGGUGACCCUUUCUACGAAGUCAUGGGCUUGGUGACUUUGGAAGAUGUCAUCGAGGAGAUCAUAAAAUCUGAGAUCAUGGAUGAGUCAGAUGACUACAGGGAGAACAAAUUGAAAAAGAAGCCUCCUCCCCUUGGGACCUUGAUGGACCGCAGGAAAGAAGAUUUCUCCUUGUUCAAGGUGUCUGACAAUGAGUAUAAGGUGAAAAUAUCCCCCCAGUUACUCCUAGCUACGCAGCGCUUCUUAUCCAGAGAGGUGGAUCUCUUCAGCCCAGCCCGAAUCUCCGAGAAGGUCCUCUUGCACCUGCUGAAACACCCCAGUGUCAACCAGGAGGUGAAGUUUGACGAAAGCAACCGCCUCGCUGCUGAGCACUACCUGUACCAGCGCAACCAGCCGGUCAAUUACUUCAUCCUCAUCCUGCAGGGCAGGGUUGAAGUGGAGAUCGGAAAGGAGGGACUGAAGUUUGAGAACGGAGCCUUCACAUAUUAUGGUGUGUCUGCACUGACAGCUCCUUCCUCGGUUCACCAGUCCCCAGUGUCCACUCUCCGGAUGAACCGUCGUGAUCAGCAGCCUGAAUGCACAGAGACCACCAAUUACUCCACGUACUGUCCUGACUACACCGUCCGGGCACUCACUGACCUGCAGUUCAUUAAGGUGACCCGGCUGCAGUAUCUCAAUGCCCUCAUGGCCUCGAGGAUACAGAACUCCCCCCAGUCGCCCGACACCGUUGAACUGAAAAUCGUCCCCAGCAGCCAGACGAAGCUUCUGAAUGACAAAAAUGCCUCAGCAGGGAAAAGCAGAAGCAAGCCAAACCUUCUGGAAGAGGAAAACCAGAGCAUGGGGGUCUGACCCACUGGAGGUGGGGGGGGGCUCAGGAGGCCCCUCCACCACUUUUCCCGUUUUCCUUUGGCGUCUGCAUCCCCGAAAGACUCCUGAAAAAGCAAGGGAAGCGGCCAUUUUCCUGGCCUCUGGUGCUCCGACCCGGCUACCGUGCCCAGGACGUCCUUUGAGCAGCACUUGACUGAAGAGGGUGGUUGCACGUGCGGGGUCUGUAAGACUGUUAGCAGCAGAGAACAGCCACCCGUGUGCCUACAGACUCAGUUGCGUGUACAGUUGUUGGUGUGAGUGGGAACCGGCAAGGGUGCCAGUGCAACAGCGUUCCCCUCUUUUCCGCUGACAGUGUUGAUCUCCUUUUCCAUGCAGCAAUUCCCCCUUCUUCCUAUUUGCCCAGCACUUAUAUUCCAUGCCGUCAGACACCAGACCAGGCUUGCACUGACAGUUCCCGGACUCAGCUCUGGAGCCCCUCAGCCCCCUUCGUGGCUCGGGGGCAGGCAGGUCUUGAACUCAUCCCUCGCACUUCUGGUCUUUGACUGAGCUGGCGUGAACCCAUUGCGCCAUGCCCAGCUCUAGGGCGUGAGGCCUGCUCUUCCUUCCACACUCCAGGUUCCUUAAUGUGCCCACCUUGCUGGCAGCCCAGCUCCAGGCUUCAAGGGCCUUUGAAGCAGCGGUGGGCUCAGCUGGUGCCAGGCAUGGCAUCAUCCCAUCCUGUCCAAAUUGUGCCAAAGUCCACACUCCCUGGAGCCACGCACUGCCCAGCUGACUUGGGAUCAAGCUUGCCAGAAAUGCACCGUUCACCUUCUUCCCAGAACAUGGGGAGGCCCUGGCGUGGGAAGCUGUUUAUGCCAAGCCAGGGAAUGCUGUCGUCCUGCAAAGGAGCGCUUCCUCCUGCAGAGGCUGCCUCUCUCCCACCCAUUCCCAGCUUACAUUUUUGUUCUCUUCCUCCUUGGCCUUGUCUCCCCAGUCCUUUAAUGCAACACAGGCUUGAAAACACAAUUUGCGCAGGUGGUGGCAGCAAAGGCGUGGGGGGGGGGGCAUACCUACCCCGUGAUGGCCUUGACUGAAAUGUGGAGUUUAAUCCACUCUCCUGACUUCUCACAUAAGUUAUGGAGUGGUGGAAGGGGCAGACAACAGAAUUUGCCCUAUCAAGCUAAGCACCAUGUGCAUUACAGGCACUAAGAUUUCCAUCUCAUCAUUCCUUGCCAGCAUAUGAAGGAUCUGCAACGCUUUGCAAUAGUUUGUCCCACCGGGUGUGUGUGUGUGUGUCCUAAAGGACCCUCAUUCCCCUGUAGCUUCUCCUGCACACUCAUCCUGUGCUAGUGCUAGAGGUGAAGCUGCCGUCUUGUUACCUCUGGACCACUUUCCCAAGUUGGUGCCUUCCAGCUGUUUUGGACCAACCACAACUCCCAUCAGCCCUAGCCACCAUGGCCAUUUUAGACUACAACUCCCAUCAGCCCCUGUAUCUUACAGCCAUGUUGGCUGGGGCUCAUGGGAGUUGUAGUCCCAAGCAGCUGGAGGAUACCAGCUUGGCAAAAGCUGUGCUUGAUUAACUCCACCUCAAUUAUCAAUUCCAGGUUCGAGAGGCGGCACAGGAGACUCAGCUUGCCCUUGUGCAAGGGUAGCCCUUCACUCCAUUGGCGGAGAGACGGUGUUUUUUUCCUAGUUGCUUCUAACAGUAUUGUUUCCCAAAAAAAUUCUUAUUUUUUAAAAGAAAUAAAGGAGCGAGGAGCAAGAGAGAGAGAAAGUUAGUUUGCCUUUCUCUCUUUUUCAUUCUUCGUCUUCCUUUCCACAACCAACAGCAGAACUUGUCUAAAAGCAAUGUAUAAUUUCAGGUAAAUUAUUUGUAACCUGCCUCUAGGUUGUAGUUUUUCUGCAAGGACUGUACCUUCAAAUGGAAUAGUCUAAUCUUAUAUAUUUAUAAGUGAAUUGGUUUGUAAGGAGUGAUUGGUACACUGACCUGGAGGACUCUCCGUCUUUUUUGGGGGAAAAAAAAAAUUAGGGAGAUGUCACAGUGAAGUGCUUCCAGGAAUGGAAUUAAAAUGCCACAUCUUUCGUCUUGCUCCUCAGAUUGCACGUAACUUUAGGGAGGAGCAAUCAAUUUGUUUUUCACCAAAGAUGGUAUUGACCAGGUGCUCCUGUCACCUCUGGUAUAGGGACCACAGCUGCGUUCCCAUUCUGCCAAGUCAUACCACCUUUGGUUGAUGAGAUUCAAGACACUCCUUGGAUCCCACGUUGGGAGCCCUCAGGCCUAGGGACUGCCUGUGACCCUCCAGACCACUCUGUGUGGCCCUUGUGGCACUUCACAUAUCAUGCCCCUUCACAGGCUCCAGCCCUUUUCCAUGCCCCCCUCAAGAGUUUUUGCUGGGCAGGAACGCGUCUUUGAACUGUAAUGAUGCCUCUUGCGUGCCUGGAUGGGGAAGUACAGAAAACUGGUUUGUGUAGAGCUGGAAUGCAGGCCUCUGGACAAUGGUAAAAGUCCCCUCUGUUGUUCCUCCCAAGGUUGUCCGUGAUGCCCUUGGGCUGAACAGGUUCCCCAUUGCCCCUGGGAUGAACUAGAGUUGAUGCCGCGGCACUGGGAGAAAAAGGUGAUCUCAGGAGGAGCACUUUCCUAAAACACAACACUACAGUCGCCAUCCAUACCCGCUUCUUCACAACAGCUUCAAAUUAAUUUAUUAUUUAUCAAAGAGCAAUCACAUCAGCUCAGCAUUGCCAAAAAACAAUUACUCUGUUGAGUAACAGAGGGUUUAGCCAUCCACAAUUAGCCCCGUGCAGCCCCAUAAGUAGGGCAUCAUUUGAAACACCCAACACUGGGAGAGGGGGGCUGUCUUACACAGAGCAAGGGGGCCACUUGGCUCAACGAGCCCAUCCAGCAUGGCAAAGUGCUGCUUAAAUUUGUCAGAUGCUUAUAAAACAAAGUAGAGACUAUAACAUAGUCGGUGAUGCACUUGGACUCAAGAUCAACUUGAAGAGGAGUUGAGACCUUACAUCAGUUUGCAAAGAUCAGUUCAAAUAAUUUCCUCCGGUCCAAAUUGCUCUUUUCUCUCGAGAGUGGAAGGGGUGUAGACUUUUUUUUAAAAAAGGUUCAUACUCCAGAGUCCAGUCUGACCCACGUACCAGACAGAAAGGUCAAGGCAGGCCACCGUCAUUGUCACCAGACACUGAGGGUCAAUGCCCAGCCUGGCUCUGGGGCUCUUUUGCUGUGGUUUACCUUGCAAAUACAUUAAUAGGUAUGUCAGGUUUACAGUCUGUGAAACCCAGUUCCACGGGAGAAGGUAGUUAGCAGAGUCAGUGCUCUGCACAUUCCAGAAACAAAACCAUGAAAUGCCGGGUAGCAGGACGAUGCAGAGGGCAGCUAGCCAGCGGUGUGCAACUUGCCACACUUGUAUGCCCAUUCUGCAUCAGAGAAACUUAUCCUUUGAGGAUCAGGUGUUGGCUGGGGAUCUCGGCCUGAGCCAGCAGCGCCAAGCUCUCGCUUCUCCAGCAGGCAAGGAAUGAGACGGCCAUGCACACAGGCGCCUGGCCCCACAGCAAAAGUGGGGAAUGGCAACAAGGAAGCAGCUGCUGGCACCAGCAAGACUGAGGGCGAAGAGGCUAUGCUGCUAUUCGUAUGUGCAAAGCUGCCCUCGCCCCUGCCCCCGUGAGAGGGACUCUUCCAAGGGAAAAGGCACCGGAUCGGGUGCCUGGAAAGAGCACGUGAGCAUACCUCAUGUGUCACAACGGGAAAUCAAGGCAGCAGCGAGAGGAUCCUUGUUCCUGCACCCGUAAGACAGGGUCUUCCAGAGGCCUACAGGACUUUGGCUUAUAAUCCUUUGUGGCCUGAGUGCCUUGGGCGUGCCUCCCCAAUCUGCUAGGGACUUCUUCCAGUCCUCAACCAUCAAAGCAGGGAAGGCUAUAGGCUGACAUUCUGGCCUUUGAACAGGAGGGGGAGAGACAGCACAGAGGCUGCCUCAGGGAUCUCUGAAAGGCAGAGAAGUCCUACCCUUUCCUCCAAGGCAAAGGACGCGCAUCCCCUGCAGAUCUGUAAGGGGUGGAAGAGACUUGGUGAGGUCAGCCAUCACAAUUUCUCUGUCCCUCAGGCGGGGCCAGCCCUACCAUGAGAUAGCAAGGAAGCUUUGUCAAGUGGCCAAUAUGUGUGUGUGUGUGUGUGUAUGAGAUGGAGGGUUAUGAAAGUGACAGCCCUCUCCCCAGCCAUUCCUCCUGAGCUUCCUGCAACAAUGCUUCCAUGUUGGUGGCUUGCCUAGUCUUCUCCCAACACCCCAGACGGAGCAAGCAGGCAGAGAGGCAGCUGCCCCAGCUGCGCACUCUGGCAGGCAGGGUGCAGGUGCAGGCCCUGCAUUGCUCUGCUUCCCUGCCGCUGCUUUCUUGCAGCCUUUGAGCAGGCGGCACCAGGCGGAGCAGCGAGCAAGCAGCAGUGAGGGCUUGGCAGGAGCGCUGUGUCUGCCACGGGGCCUGGCCUGUGCCCCCUAAGCCACGGUAGUCUGCUGCCUUCAAGCACAGAGGAGGACACCAUCCCAUGACCAGCGUUGAAGUAAGAGCCUGCUGCCAUUCUGGAAGUGGAAGGGGCUGGUGUUGCUAUCCUGCCCUGUGACUCAGGCAGCAAAGUCUUGGGGCCCCUAGCCCUGUAGCCUACACGUUAGGGUACCCUAUCCCUAGUAGAGACAUUUUAAAACGGGUACAAAAUUCCCAUCAGCUCCUGCUUGCAAUAACAGAGCUACUGUGGACUUUCCUGAAAUCGAUCUGCAUCAACCUUCCUGCAUGAAUCUCUCUUGUGCCUUAGUUUCCCCUGGUACAAUCAUCUGUACAUCUGGAGGCUCCACUAAGAAGAGCAGAGGGGGGCGCCCAGCACUGCUCUCCUGGCCCAUUCCGAGGAGCUGGAUACUCUCCUUCAAGGUCUUUUGGGACAAAGAAGAGGGUCCUGAGGACCUCCUUCCUCUUCUGCCUCAGCCUGAGGGUGCCAAAAAAGGACCCUAUACCUUACUGGCACCAGAAUCGGAAAGGGAGGGCAGGUCUGCCCAAGCUCCAUGCCAAGGGCAAGGAUGGCAAGUUGGUCACAAGCUGGUGGAGGGAGGAGGAAGGUAGGCUCACAGAGCCAAUGCCCCCCCGACCCUCCACUCAGUCUCAGCAGCUCCUGGGGGAGCCUCGCUGCCGGUCGGCACAUGCUUGCAGCGUUUCCCGGAUGCCCGUCUGCCAGUCUUUCACCAGGUCCACUGGAGUCACUGCCUCCUGCCAAAAGAAAUAAAGAGAUGAAUCCUAGAAAUGUAGCAUCGGAAGGGGCCUAUAAGGCCAUCCAGUCCAACCCCCUGCUCAAUGCAGGAUCCACCUAAAAGCAUCCCUGACAGGUGGCUGUCCUGCUGCCUCUUGAAGGCCUCCAGUGUCAGAGAGCCCACCACCUCCCUAGGUCAUGGGUUCCAUUGUUGUACCCCUCUAACAAUUAGGAUGUUUUUCCUGAUGUUCAGCCGAAAUCUGGCUUCCUGCAGCUUGAGCUCAUGAUUCCGGGUCCUGCACUCUGGGAUCACCAAGAGGAGAUCCUGGCCCUCCUUUGUGUGUGACAACCUUUCAAGUACUUGAAGAGUGCUAUCGUACCUCCCCUCAGUCUUUCCCUCAGGUGAUAUAACUUUGCCCCUCCCAUGUUCCCCCCCCUCCAAGCUGGAAGGGCAGAAGGAGGCAGAAGCCGGUUCCCCCCUCUCCUCAUCAGGGAUGAGGAAUCUGUGGCCCUCCAGCUGCUGUUGCAC